UACUUCUGCUUUAACAAUUUGUUGCUACGAGGUCCUUAAGCUCACUACCAAGUCCAACAUCGUGCUAGUUUCCAGUUUGGAGGGAAGCCAAGUGCGUUUGUAAGCAAUCGACCAUCGCGCAAUAUGCGCGUUGGACAUAUGAGCACAGGCGAGCGCCUUGCAUCUCAUCGCGCAAGUUCCGUCACACCUUGGCGACGGUUGCGGACGCCCUCCCGACUCUGCGUCGUAUCGGCGCUUCCAUCGCUUCCGCCGGAGGCCUCUCUCCCUGACAAAAUUGCGUCGGCACGCCAAGCCUGUGAAGCCAAGCACCCCCCUCGUAAUUUUUCAGUUGCCGGGGUUACCUUCGAGGGUAGACAGAAACUGAUAAAGGACUUACAGCCGGAGCAAAUUGUGUUACUGGAGCGGGAGCCCUGGAACCAGUAUGACCCAGAUGCGGUGCGGGUAAUGGACCUGAUGGCGCGAACCCUGGGUUACAUCCCACGGUAUAACGACCAGAACAAGUUGUUCACCCAGGAAAGCGCCUUUGGGCUCGUGAACUGGACAGGCACUGCCCCAACGGGUGGAUCGUACGGCGCUCGCCUGUACGCCCGGCCGAGCCUUCCUAACUUGGUCCUGGACCCUCUGCUGCUGUCGCCUGACGAGGCCGCCCGCCUCGCCGACCUACCCACCCUC